ACUGUCUCUGUGCCUCAGCUCUUGAUGCUCUUCAUUGGCUCAGUGGACAUCGUGGAUCCGAGCAGAGCAGCCGAGCGGAGCUGGACUGAGGAACCGCAGGAGGAACAUCCAUCCUCCUCUUUAUCAAAUGAGUGGAGCAACAUCACUUGUUCCAUUUUUCCUGGGGUUCAUUCUCACUGCGACAGGUGUGCAAGCCACUUGUCCCGUUGAGCUGAGCCCCCCCAGAGUUGUGGUGAGAUAUGGAGACCCGGUCUCAGUGAACUGCAGCACAACAGUGGGCCAGCACCACGGAAUGGGAUGGGAGGCAAAACAAGGAGGCAGGUCUCUGGAGAUGGUCAAACAUUUGACCUGGACUGUGGAGAAUCUGACGGAAUGGAACAUCGCUCCCAAAUGCUACAUAAACCGUCAAAAUGAUCCCCAGUGCUACACAAAGCUAAACAUUGUUCUUUACACGUUCCCAGGAAACAUCUCAAUCCACUCCAGCAGCGACUCCGAUGGUGUGAUGAGAGAAAACGAGCAAUAUAACCUCACAUGUCACAUCCACCAGGUGGCACCUGUGAAACAUCUCAUUGUCACAUGGUACAAAGGAAACACACCAGGAAGCAAGUUCAUAUUUGACAAUACCACUAAGGAACCAGUGGAUAAGCUAUCUGUCUACACAGUUACACCGACUAGACGGGACAAUGGCGUCACAUUCAGAUGUGAGGCAACUAUGGACCUCGGGCCAGAGGGGCCACACCUGAAUGUAUCAUCAGAGAUUAAUAUUACAGUUCACUAUGGACCAGAAGUACAAUGCUCUGUCGUUAACAUACUGGAAGGGGAAACUUUGUGGAGUAGGUGUCCUGUGGAAGGAAAUCCCCCCCCCUCGGUCAGUUGGAUGAAAGAUGGCAAGGUGAUGGACCCGAGCCUCCCUCUGACCAGGGAGAACGCAGGGCGGUACAGUGUUCAGGCCCAAGGUGCCUCCAACUUCACAAAAGACAUCCAGGUUCUGGUGAUGUAUGGACCAGAGCUGAUGUGUGCAGACUCUUACACUGUAAUGGAGGGCUCUCCUCUCAACCUGCCCUGCGCGGUGGAGGGUUAUCCUGAACCUGAGAUAACAUGGUACAAAGAUGAUGAGAGAGUGGAACCUACAGAGGACCUAACAAGAAGAGACGCAGGACUGUACGUGAUCACAGCUUCAAACAAUCAGUCAAGUGUCAACGUCACAGUGGAGAUUAUUGUCAUGUACCCUCCCUCUCUCAUAGUCGAGCUCGAAGACUCUGAGGUUGAGAUUGGUUCUAAUGCGUCGCUGAAGUGCUCCUCCAGGGGAAACCCCCGGGCAGAAUAUAUCUGGGAUUAUUUCCAUGCCGCCAAUGUGAAGGAGGCAAAUGAAGACGGAGACUCCCGCCUGGACAUCCACAACGCCACUGCGUACAACACGGGCUCCUACACGUGUCACGCCUCCAAUGAGGGAGGACAUGUCUCUAAAACAGCCAGACUCACUGUGAAAGACGCCACGCUGGUAUGUCCUAUCGAGAUUACUCCACACAGGAUGGUGAUACCAUUCCGGGGACCAACCCAGACCGCGGCGUGCACACCGACAUCCGAGGGCGUAGGAAAUGUCAAAGAGAUAUACUGGGAAGUGCACGGGUUUAAGACUGACAAUGGAAGCUGGAGUCCUAACACCUUUGAAGACUGGGACCCGACGCCUGUUUGUAAAGCUACGUUUCAAGGAUUUGGACCAUGCCAAAAAGCUGUAAACUUCACUCUCUACAAAACCCCAGACAGCGUUUCCAUCAGCCAUAAUGCGCCCUCACCGGUGGAGGGCAGAGAGCUCCUGCUGCAGUGUGACGUGAUCAGUGUGGCUCCUGCACGGAACCUGGCUGUGCGCUGGUAUCAAGGAAAUGAAACUCUCCAUCCACCUAUCAGAGGCCCAAUACGGGUGGCUGGCUGUCUGCCUGAGAACGGAACAGAGUGUGACAUCAGUGCGAUCAGAUCUCCGUUAAAUGUGUCGUCCACCAUCAGCAUCACUGUGAACAGGACGCACAACGGAGCCGAGUUCAGAUGUGAGGCCGAGCUGGACCUGGGACCCGAGGGACCACAGCCUCCUCCCAACAUGAGGUCCGAGCCUCUCAACAUCACCGUCCACUACAAGCCUGCCAUCAAUACCACAAAGCUUCCAAAGAAGAUCCCAGUGUUCAGAGGUUACCCUGAGAAGCUGGUGUGUGAAGCUGAAGGUCACCCACGUCCAAACAUCCAGUGGAUCUACAGCCCAGACAAAAAGCCCGAUUUGACCAAUGACACGCUCACUGUGUCUGAAGCAGGCCUCUACACCUGCAACGCAACCAAUGAAGUCGAUUCCACCUCCUAUGUGGUCGAAGUGAUUUUAAAGGAGGACUACCUGCCCCUCAUAGCUGGAUUUGUGGCGGUCACCGUCGUUGCAAUCUCCAUCGUCUUCCUCUUCAUCUACUCCAUCUACUACAAGAACACCAGGAUGCGUCGCUACAGCCUUAAAAACCCCCGACUCAGCACGCACAACGGUAACGUCGCACACAACGGCUGGGACAUGCAGUUUCCUAUGACUAAGCUGUCUUAGCGGGACGCCUGUUGAUGGACAGGACAAGUGACCACUCUGAAUGAGCUGCAUCUCUCUGCCACCACCGUCUUUGAAAAGCCUGAUAACAGCGACUCCCACUGUUUGGAAAUCAUUUUAAUUCCCCCUGAAGUUCAGGUUUAUUGUCCCACGUUUCAUAUUUUUACCAUUCAUAGAAUAAUCUAAUCAUAAAAAACCAGCAACCUUGGCUUGAGAUGUACAUUUUGUAAUUUUACUACUGGAUUCUACCUGUUUUCACUGGAAAGAAAGAACGGGAGGAGCAAGAACUAAAACAUUUUCCGCCGGAAUAUUUCACUUUCAUGAAAGUGCACAAACUAACGUGACGAAGAAUGUUUUUGUUGACUUUGGUUUCGCUUAUGCUUGCUUCUUUUUUUUUUCUUUUCUGCCCUGCCCCCUAAUAUUCACUUAGACGCAAAUCUCAGCGUGUAUGUCUUUGUUUCAAAAUUGUUGUUUUGAAUGUGUUUGAAGAAGUGCUGGCCCUGAGACUGAUGUGAACGCAUUAACAGGAAGUGCAAUGAAAGUGUGAUACUGAAGGUGUGAAUCACAGACCAGCGUGGCUCUGUACGUUCCGACACCAUUCACUGAGCCCAUUGUCCCUUCGCUAUUCUUUCCUUUCGUGACUCUGCACUUCUCUCUGUUCGUAGCCUCCUCUGUGCCUGGCCCUCUGCUGUGCCACAACGUGUCAGGCUCCGGCCGAACAAAUUACCCUGUUCCUCACUUGUAUGCUUUUGUAUGAAAUGACUGUGGGCAUUUUUUAUUUUUUGCCUAAUGCCUAUCAGAACUGUACAUUUAGGAUAUUUUUAUGUAAAUGGAAAAAAACCUUAUAUUUAUUAAUGAGAAUCAGUAAAGACGGAAGACAUUGCUAUUGACGGACUGCAGAUAGGUAUGUUGCAAGAUGGAAUAGAUGAAGUCCUGCCUGUGACGAUAUGGACAUGAAAACUAUGUAAUGUAUUUGUGAAUAAUGCUGUAAAUAUUUGUGACUGGCAUAAAACUGUAUUUUAUUAUUAAAAUGUGCCUUUUCAACUGAA